AUGGCAACCGAGUCUCGCAGCACGAUCAGCGCCGUCUGCUGGGUGCCUCGCGGUAAGGCCGCGCUGAAUCCGACCUCCUACGUGCUCGCUUCGCAGGAGCUCUGUGAGCUGCGCAAGACAAAGUCGAGUCUUAUCAAGGCGCACAAAAAAAAAACGCGAGCGCAGGCCGAGGGCGGAGACCCCGCGCGCCGCGAAGAGGAGGGAGUAGAGGCUGACUGGGAAGAUGCUGACGACAGCUCGGAGGAAGAGGAAGAGAUGGAAGACAAAGACGACCAGGACGUAAAUAUGGACGACGAAGAAGACGAUGAAGAUGACGAAGGCUCCCAAUUCUUCGGCGUGGUGAAGGAGGACGGCGCUGCGACGCUGGACGAUCCGUACCUGAAGAUGGGCGAAGAGGAAGACAGCGAAGAAGAGGAAGCGAAUAUCAUCCUCCCUACAGAUCUCAUUCUCGUGGCCGCGACCGCCGAGCACGACUUCAGCUCGCUGGAGGUCUACGUAUACGAUGAAGAUCGAGGGAGCUUCUACGUCCAUCACGAUAUUCUGACGGGAGGGUUUCCUCUCUGCCUGGAGUGGCUGAACACGUGCCCGUCGACUUCUGGUCCGGCGAACCUCGUCGCGAGCGGCUCGUUCGACCCCGAAAUCAGCAUCUGGAAUCUCGACGUCUUGGACCGCGUGGACGCGGUCUGCACACUGGGCAAGAAGCCCGAGAGCGGGCUGAAGAAGGGUCGCAGCAGAGACGGCGGAAAGAAGAAAAACAAGCGGCACGGAAAGGCGGGCGACGCCGCGUCGGGGACCGCACCGUACGGCGCCGACGCACAGGGCCACGAAGGCCCUGUCAUGUGCCUGCAUGCGUCGCCCAUGAAGAGUCAGAUUCUGGCGAGCGGAUCCGCAGACGAAACCGUCCGCAUGUGGGACCUGACAACCGCUGCUUGCCUGCACACCUAUCGGCACCACGAGAACAAGGUCCAAGCGCUUCGAUGGCACCCCGUCGAGGAGGCGGUGCUGCUCUCUGCGUCCUACGACCGGCGAGCCGCACUCGUUGAUGUGCGGAAGCCAGAUAACGUGAUGUUUGCACCUCUCAAUGCCGACGCCGAGUCGUGCUGCUGGGACCGUCACCGUCCGAUCAAUUUCUGGGCGUCUUCUGAAGACGGCAGUGUCUGCUGCAUGGAUGUGCGCAAGAUGUCAAACAAGUCGGCUGCGCGUUCAGCGUCCUCAUCGAAGGCCUCGAACGACUGCCUCGUCUGGUCUAUGCGUGCCCACAAAGGCGCAGCCUCUGGACUCAGCGACAGUAAAAUCAAAGACCUGAUGGUCACUUGCGGCGUGGAUGGCGUCGCAAAACUGUGGAACGUCACCGGCACAGGCCCCGUGGGGGUCAUGGCCUCUGAAGUGCCUGCCAACUACGACACAAGCCGCGCCAACAACGCGGGCACUCCGUCACUGGUGUUUGAGCGCGACCUGAAAGGAGGCCCCCUCUACUGCUGCCAGAGCAACGAAGACCUGCCUAACGUGCUCGGCUUCGGAGGGAACUGCGUCGUCCUGUGGGACAUCACCGACACAGACGUUGUGAAAACCGCAUUUAAUCUCAAGGGAUAG